CUGGUGACGUCAUCAGUCUCAAGCCCCACACACACCAAGUGGAUCCAGCUCCUCCACACACACCGACACACCACUGCUCUGCACCGGUCUGCAGCUGAGACGAUGCCUCUGGAGAGGUGACCACCGCCGGAUCCUGAUGCACGUUCUAUCCUCUACAAUGGAGAACAAAUACAUAUCAUAGAACAUGAAGAGGAGGAGGAGCUCCACAUAGAAGCGCUUCUCUGGUGACUGGGAGGAAGGACAGCCAGCCUGCAGCUCUCUUGUCUCGUAAGAGGAUAAAGAAAAAGAGAAAUCAAGCUAUUUAUAACCAGGUCUUGUUGUGGACUUCCAUCAUCCACCAUGAGCAGCGAUGAGAGCUCUGUGCGUGUGGCCCUGAGGAUCCGUCCUCAGCUGGCCAAAGAGAGGAUCGAGGGAUGCCACAUCUGUACGUAUGUGAUGCCCGGGGAGCCCCAGGUGGUGCUGGGCAAGGACAAGGCCUUCACCUACGACCACGUCUUUGACAUGGACACCCAGCAGGAAACCAUCUACCACCACUGCACCGAGAGCCUCAUCGAAGGCUGCUUUGAGGGCUACAACGCCACUAUCUUUGCAUACGGACAGACAGGCUCAGGGAAGACCUACACCAUGGGAACCGGCUUCGACGUCAACAUCGGAGACGACGAGCUGGGUAUCAUUCCCCGGGCCGUCAACCACCUGUUCAGAGGGAUCGAGGAGCGCAGACAGGCUGCCACCGAGCAGGGCAGGCCUGUUCCCGAGUUCAAGAUCAACGCACAGUUCCUGGAGUUGUACAACGAGGAGGUGCUGGACUUGUUCGACUCGACGCGAGACAUCGAGGCCAGGAAGCAGAGAUCCAACAUCAAAAUCCACGAGGACGCCAACGGGGGCAUCUACACCGUGGGGGUGACCACGCGCACCGUCACUUCUGCGGCUGAGAUGAUUCAGUGUCUGAAGCUGGGCGCUCUGUCUCGUACCACCGCCAGCACUCAGAUGAACGCCCAGAGUUCGCGCUCCCACGCCAUCUUCACCAUCCACCUGUGCCAAGUCCGAGUCUGCUCUCCUGACAACGACGAUAACACGACAGACAACCGUUUAAGUAACGACUCCGAGAUUAACGAGUUUGAGACGCUGACGGCCAAAUUCCACUUUGUGGACCUGGCUGGUUCUGAGAGACUGAAGAGAACUGGAGCUACAGGAGACAGAGCUAAAGAGGGCAUCUCCAUCAACUGUGGGCUGCUUGCUUUGGGAAACGUCAUCAGCGCUCUGGGAGACAGGAGUAAGCGCUCCUCUCACGUGCCUUACAGAGACUCCAAACUGACCCGGCUGUUACAGGACUCACUAGGUGGCAACAGUCUAACGGUGAUGAUCGCCUGCAUCAGCCCGUCGGACCGGGACUUCAUGGAGACCUUAAACUGCAUGAAGUACGCCAACAGGGCCCGAAACAUUAAGAACAAGGUGAUGGUGAACCAGGACAAGGCCAGCCAGCAGAUCAGCGUCCUGAGGACGGAGAUAGCACGGCUGCAGAUGGAGCUGAUGGAGUACAAGACGGGGAAGCGUAUGGUGGGUGAAGACGGCAUGGAGGGCAUCAAUGACUUGGUCCAUGAGAACUCUAUGCUGCAAACCGAAAACAACAACCUGAGGGUGAGAGUGAAGGCCAUGCAGGAGACCAUCGACGCCCAGAGAGCCAGACUCACACAGAUCCUCAGUGACCAGGCCAACACGAUCCUGGCUAAAGCAGGUGAAGGCAGUGAAGAGAUCGGGAACAUGAUUCAGAACUACAUCAAAGAAAUCGAGGAGCUCAGAGCUAAACUUCUUGAAAGCGAGGCUGUGAACGAGAAUCUCAGGAAGACUUUGUCUCGGGCCUCGACGCGCUCCACGCUGUACGGCGGCCCCGGCGGCUCCUUCUCAACCGCACUCCUCGCACCCGAGAAGGAGGCCAGCGACGUCAUCGAGAUGGCCAAGAAGAGCCUGGAGAAACUCAAAAAGAAGGAGAGGAAGAAGAAGAAGAGACUGAGGCGAUAUGAGGAGAACCACCACCAAGAGGUUGAACACACCAGUGUCAUCAAAGAGGAAGUGCCGGACAAUGACCACGAGCCAGGCAACGAGGAGACAGAGGAGGGCAGCGACCACGAAGAAGGCGAGGACGCAGACGUAGAGGAGGAGGACUCUGACAUGGCGGGAGACGAGACGUCUGACGGAUCUGACUCUGAAGAACUGGAGGAGAAAGACAACGUCCAGGCCGACCUGGCCAACAUCACCUGCGAGAUCGCCAUCAAGCAGAAGCUGAUAGACGAGCUGGAGAACAGCCAGCGGCGUCUGCACACUCUGAAACAGCAGUACGAGCAGAAGCUGACGAUGCUGCAGAACAAGAUCAUAGACACACAGCUGGAGAGGGACAAGGUGCUGCAUAAUAUGGGUUCAGUGGAGUCGGGUACGGAGGAGAAGGCCAAGAAGAUCAAAACAGAGUACGAGAGGAGGCUGAGCUCCAUGAACAAAGAGCUGCAGAAGCUCCAGUCGGCUCAGAAGGAGCACGCCCGCCUGCUGAAGAACCAGUCGCAGUACGAGAAGCAGCUCAAGAAGCUCCAGAUGGACGUGAACGAGAUGAAGAAGACCAAGGUGGUGCUGAUGCGUCAGAUGAAGGAGCAGCAGGAGAGGAACAGAGCCACAGAGUGCAAGAGGAACCGGGAGAUCGCCUCUUUGAAGAAAGACCAACGCAGAGCUGAGCACCAACUGAGGCAGAUGGAGGCCACGAAAAGACAACAGGAGUUGAUCCUUCGCAGGAAGAAUGAAGAGGUGACGGCUCUCAGGCGGCAGGUGAGGCCCGUGUCUGGGAAGGUCACCAGGAAGGUUGGCAUACCCGAACCUGUACAGGAGCCGUCUCACAGAGCCAUCCCAGGAAGGAUGCAGACAUCUGGGGCGUCUGCAGCCAAUGGAGCAAGGAGUUCCCCGGUGCGGAUGGGAAGUACCUACCUCAACAGGAUGGUCAGGACCAAAUGGCAGUCGCUGGAGAGACGCGUCACUGACAUCAUCAUGCAGAGGCUGACCAUCUCUAACAUGGAGACGGAUAUGAACAGACUGUUGAAGCUAAAGACGACAUGCAGCAAAGGGCCGCGGGUCGGAUUCGAACCCCGGCCUCUAAGGCCACAGUCUUACCACAUGGGGCGCCCGCUCUACCCGCAACGAGAGGAUCUGACCAGGCGGAGGGAGAAAGUGUCCAGAAAGAGAGAAAAGAUGGCGGUGGAGGGCGCAGACGCCGACCGCUCUCUGGCCUCCCUGAACGAGGAGCUGGAGUCUCUGAGCGCCAACAUCGACUACAUCAACGACAGCAUCGCCGACUGCCAGGCCAACAUCAUGCAGAUGGAGGAGGCCAAGGAGGAAGGAGACACAGUGGAUGUUACCGCGGUGAUCAGUUCCUGUAAUUUAUCAGAGGCCCGCUUCCUUCUGGAUCAUUUCAUGACUAUGGCCAUCAAUAAGGGUCUGCAGGCGGCUCAGAAGGACUCCCAGCUGAAGGUGAUGGAGGGCAGGCUGAAGCAGACGGAGAUCAACAGCGCCACCCAGAACCAGCUGCUGUUCCACAUGCUGAAGGAGAAAGCAGAGAUCAACCCGGAGCUGGACGCUCUGCUCGGCAGCGCUCUGCAAGAGUUAGGUUACCUGUCGCCAGAGAAUGGAGAUGACAGCAGUAGUGACGAGUCCACCGCCAGUCCAGCUGCGGAGGGCGGCACACUGGCAUCAGAUCUAAUGAAGCUAUGUGGUGAAUCCAGACCCAGAAGCAAGGCUCGCAGACGGACCACCACCCAGAUGGAGCUGCUGUAUGCUGGCAGCGGGGACCCGUCGUGUGAAUCCCCCACCGGAGACUUCCCGGCCCCUCUGCUGCCCCUCUCGGAGCGCCCGGAGGGGUCGCCAGACAUGCAGGGUCACGCGCUUGGUCAAACUCCCGACCGCGAGCAAACCGUUUCCCCAUCUGCUGCGUCUGCCCGGCCAGCUGGCAUCUCUGGAUCCAGGUCACCUACGGGGACUGACAGAAGGCUACCGGGCUCGCCGCUCACCCGAAGGAAGGGGCAAGAGAGAGGAGCCACGGCGACACACAUCCCAGCACCGACGCACACACUUCCGCUCAGCACAGCAGAGGCUAAAACUAAAGCAAGUGACCACAAAUCACUGUUGGAGGAGUCACCUGUAUUUGAAGGCCAUAGAGGUGUGAUCAACCCCGUGACGGCAUCAAAGAACAGCCGCGGGGCCAAACUUCAGUGUGUCUACGUUGCAGAGGGGCACACCAAACCUGUCCUCUGCGUAGACGCCACAGAUGAUCUGCUCUUCACAGGAUCCAAAGAUCGUACAUGUAAAGUCUGGAACUUGGUGACGGGUCAGGAGAUCAUGUCUCUGGCAGAUCAUCCCAGCAGUGUCGUCUCAGUCAGGUACACUUCUAGUCUCGUCUUCACUGUUUCCACUGCUUACAUCAAAGUGUGGGACAUACGAGACUCUGCCAAGUGUAUCCGCACACUCACGUCAUCGGGCCAGGUGGGUUCGGGAGACAUCUGCUCGUCUGUCAGGAGUUUAUCCAUCCCACCGGGAGAGAGUCAGAUCAACCAGAUCGCUCUCAACCCUUCCGGCUCUUUUCUUUAUGCUGCCGCUGGCAACGCUGUGCGCAUGUGGGACCUCCGCAAGUUUGUAUCCACGGGGAAGCUGACCGGCCAUUUAGGACCCGUCAUGUGUCUGACUGUUGACAAAUUAGGUAGCGGACAGGACGUCGUCCUCACUGGCUCCAAAGACCAUCAUAUCAAAAUGUUUGAGGUGGCAGAAGGUGCUCAGGGUAGCAUCAGCUCCAGUCAGACGUUUGAGCCCGCCCACCAGGAUGGCGUUGAGUCUCUGGCCGUGCACGGAGACGUUUUCUACAGCGGCUCCAGAGACUACUACAUCAAGAAGUGGGACUUAACUAGUAAACGCCUUCUACAGCAGUCCGUCAGCGCCCAGGCAGACUGGGUCAGCGCUCUGGGCGUAGUGCCAGGCUCCCCAGUGCUCCUCAGCGGAUGCAGAGGAGGGCUGCUGCGCCUCUGGCACGCCGACUCGCUAGCGCCCCUCGGCGAAGUCCGGGGACACGAUAGUCCCAUCAACGGCCUCGCCACCAACAGCAGCCAACUGUUCACCGCCUCAGAUGACCGCACAGUGAAGAUUUGGGAAGCCAAAGGAUCUCUGGAGGAAGGAGUCCACUGACACAGACCUGAAAUCGAGGUUCGUCUACUGGCCUUUUACCCAAUCAAAAUGAAUCAUUAGUGAAGCGACUACAUCACCCGUGACUUGAUGAAAGUGUUGGCCGGGAACCCAAAUUAGUUCUGGGGACCUGAAAGUGUGUUUUUUUCCCACUGAAAAAAGACUCUUUAAACAACACUGAUCCUUCACUGAUGCUCCAGAGGGAUCCGUUUCAGAGAAGUCUAAUUAGAUGCGACAGCUCUCAGUCUUUGAAGCCGAGCGCGUGUGCUGAUAUUUUAGGUCAAGACGAAUCACAGCGGAGCCUCUCGAGUCUCCAACGUCUACAGAACAGCUGCGACGGACAGCAUCUUUCAUAACUGUGACAGAAAACAACAAAACUGAAGUAAAAAUAUGAACUCAAUCGAUCCAGGAGUCUCUCCUGUGUUUUCAACAUUCCUCUCCUCAGUUCAGCACUCUACGACAACAUGGAUACCUUCUAUCUAUAGCCUACAGCGCUGAGAAAAAGAACAGUUGUUGGUGAAAUGCUUUGCUUCCUCAGAGUCUCUCUCCUGCUCAACCAGCAUUAACUGUGAGUCUCUCAUCUUGUGUGUUCACAUGAUGUGUCGUGUCGUUGCUCUCCAGGUCAUUUUGUGUGUUCUUUGUAAGCAAGGACCAAAUAACUACUGAAACUGUCUGGUCUUAUUCUUCAGCUGUUACUGCCAAACCCUCUAUAGUGCAGAGGUUUUUCAAAGUGGGAGGCGGGCCUCCAAACAGUUUCACGGGAAGGCUCAGUGAAUGGAAGUGAAAAAAUAUGACAUUAGUUAUCAAAAGAAGAUCAAAUGGAAUAGCCUAAAUGUGUGUGAUUUGGUUAAAGAGAUAGUUCAGAGAGGGAAUUAUACUGUCUUUCUCACUUUCCCAGAAUCAGAAACUAAUAAAAGCCUUAGGACGGACCUUCUUCGUGUAUUUGGUGUAGUCUGAAGUUAUGUCAAAGUGUCUAUUGGAUCAAAUAACAUAAUCAUGAUACCAUAUGCAUCCAGGAAUUGAGUGA